AACGAAAUACUCUUUAUUCGAACGACAACGGGAUCUCUUGUUCAGUAGAUCACCAGCCUUACUCCGACGUUUAUUACGAAUUUUUUCGGUGACUCGGUGACAACUACAAAACUGCGUGCGGUGCUGUAGAGAUUUUCGCUUGGGAAAAUACAAAAGUUUUAUUUAUAUAUUUAUAUUUUGAAAAUCGCGAACAAACGCGUAACGAUUGAAUUAAUUUAGAGGACCCCAGGAUACCAGGAAAAUCUGACAUAGCAGAAUGUCGUCAUCGCAGGCUGUACGCACUUCGAAAUACUCCUACCGGGCCACAUCGACCGGACCCGGUGGUGCCGAUGUCAACAUCGAAUACAUCCAGGACUUGAGCUCGCUCUCCCGCUUGGAGGACAAGAUCCGUUUGCUCCAAGAUGAUCUUGAAGUUGAACGUGAGUUGCGUCAAAGGAUCGAGCGCGAGAAAGCCGAUCUCAGCGUGCAGGUCAUACAGAUGUCCGAGCGUCUCGAGGAGGCCGAAGGUGGUGCUGAACAUCAAUUUGAAGCCAACCGCAAGCGUGAUGCUGAGCUUCUGAAGCUCCGUAAGCUGCUUGAGGAUGUUCAUCUUGAAUCCGAGGAGACCACCAUUCUCUUGAAGAAAAAGCACAACGAAAUUAUUACGGAUUUCCAGGAACAGGUUGAAAUCCUAACGAAAAACAAGGCUAGAGCCGAGAAGGACAAGUCCAAAUUCCAGGCCGAAGUCUACGAGCUGCUCUCGCAAAUCGAGGUCUACAACAAGGAGAAGAUUGUGUCGGAGAAGCACAUCUCCAAGCUGGAGAUCUCCAUUACGGAGCUGAAUGUGAAGAUCGAGGAGCUGAACCGCACCGUGAUCGAUAUCACAUCGCACAAAUCUCGCCUCUCGCAGGAGAACAUUGAGCUGAUCAAGGACGUCCAAGAUCUCAAAGUGCAGCUCGACACUGUCUCGUUUUCCAAGAGCCAGGUCAUCUCCCAGCUGGAGGAUGCUCGCCGUCGCUUGGAAGACGAGGACCGUCGUCGCUCCAUGCUCGAAUCUUCUCUGCAUCAGGUUGAGAUCGAAUUGGACUCGAUUCGCAGUCAACUCGAGGAAGAGUCAGAGGCGCGCAUUGACUUGGAACGUCAGUUGGUCAAGGCCAAUGCUGAUGCCACUUCGUGGCAAAACAAGUGGAAUGCCGAAGUGGCAGCCCGCGCUGAGGAGGUCGAAGAGAUUCGUCGCAAGUACCAGGUGCGCAUCACCGAGCUGGAGGAGCACAUCGAGUCCCUCAUCGUCAAGGUCAACAACUUGGAGAAGACCAAGACCCGUCUGGCCAGCGAAGUGGAGGUUCUCAUCAUCGAUCUGGAGAAGUCCAACAACAGCUGCCGGGAGCUCACCAAGGCCGUCAACACCCUGGAGAAGCACAACGUUGAGCUGAAGAGCCGCCUCGAUGAGACCAUCGUUCUGUUCGAGACCAGCCAGCGCGAUCUGAAGAACAAGCAGAUCGAUCUGGUUCGCACCGUGCACGAGCUGGACAAGGUCAAGGACAACAACAACCAGUUGGUCCGCGAGAACAAGAAGUUGGGCGAUGAUCUGCAUGACGCCAAGGGCGCCAUCAACGAACUGAACCGUCGCCUCCACGAGCUGGAGCUGGAGCUGCGUCGUCUGGAGAACGAGCGCGAUGAGCUGACCGCUGCCUACAAGGAAGCCGAGGCUGGCCGCAAGGCUGAGGAGCAGCGUGGUCAGCGUUUGGCCGCCGACUUCAACCAGUACCGUCACGACGCCGAGCGUCGUCUGGCUGAGAAGGAUGAGGAGGUUGAGGCCAUUCGCAAGCAGACCUCGAUCGAGAUCGAGCAGCUCAGUGCCCGCGUGGUUGAGGCUGAGACUCGUCUGAAGACCGAGGUGAUUCGCAUCAAGAAGAAGCUGCAGAUCCAGAUCACCGAGCUGGAGAUGUCCCUGGAUGUGGCCAACAAGACCAACAUCGAUCUCCAGAAGGUGAUCAAGAAGCAGUCGCUGCAGCUGACCGAGCUCCAGGCCCACUACGAGGAUGUGCAGCGCCAGCUGCAGGCCACCCUUGACCAGUACGGCAUCGCCCAGCGUCGUCUGGCCGGUCUCAAUGGUGAGCUGGAGGAGGCCCGCUCCCACUUGGACAGCGCCAACCGCGCCAAGCGCACCGUGGAGCUGCAGUACGAGGAGGCCAGCACUCGCAUCAACGAGCUGAGCACUGCCAAUGUCAACCUGGUCUCGAUCAAGUCCAGGCUGGAGCAGGAGCUGACCGUGGUUGCUUCCGACUACGAGGAGGUGUCCAAGGAGCUGCGCAUCAGCGACGAGCGUUACCAGAAGAUCCAGGUUGAGCUGAAGCACGUUGUCGAGCAGGUGCAUGAGGAGCAGGAGCGCAUUGUCAAGCUUGAGACCAUCAAGAAGUCUUUGGAAGUCGAAGUCAAGAACUUGUCCAUUCGUCUGGAAGAGGUUGAGCUGAAUGCCGUUGCCGGCAGCAAGCGCAUCAUCAGCAAACUGGAGGCUCGCAUUCGCGAUCUGGAGCUGGAGCUGGAAGAGGAGAAGCGUCGCCAUGCCGAGACCAUCAAGAUUCUGCGCAAGAAGGAGCGCACCGUCAAGGAGGUUAUUGUGCAGUGCGAGGAGGACCAGAAGAACAUCAUUCUGCUGCAGGAUGCCCUCGACAAGACCACUGCCAAGAUCAACAUCUACAGGCGCCAGCUUUCCGAGCAGGAGGGCGUCUCCCAGCAGACCACCACCCGUGUGCGCCGUUUCCAGCGCGAACUGGAGGCCGCCGAGGAUCGUGCCGACUGUGCCGAGUCCAACUUGAAUCUGAUCCGCGCCAAGCACCGCACAUUCGUCACCACCUCCACCGUGCCCGGCUCCCAGGUGUACAUCCAGGAGACAACAAGAACGAUCACCGAAUAGAUCAUCGAUCCCACACCCGCACUAACACCAAAAAGCAGAGAGAUCAUUUUUUAAUUUACUCAAAACUCAAUCAAUCAGAGAGGAAGAUCAAUGAGAUUUCAGGUGCGAGAUUGGAGCAGAGAAAUUUUGCGUGAGAAAGUUUUUUUAUAAUUUAAAUUUUUUGCCAUCCCCUCGCCGAAGAAAGCGAACAAGAUCCCCCAAGCGGCAACGGCGUGGGCCAUUCGUAUAGGUUAUACACUAUAAAUACAAUAACACUACACAUCCUAUCUAUAUAAUAAUAAUACUAUUUUGAAGUUCAUGUAAUUUAAUUAAAAUAAUGAACCUGGAAAACCCAAAAACCAAAUAAAAAACCAAAAUCAACGAAAACUUUGGCACAGUUUUUGCAAAAGAGAGAUCUAGCAUUAGCGAUAGAGAGAGAGAGAGAGAGAAACAGAGAAGAGAGUUGUUGUUGGCUUUCAAAUAUAAAUAUCAAACAAUAUCAAUCAUGAUAUAUGGCGAUGAAAAUGUAGAGAUGGAGAAUGGAAAACCAUUUAGCAAGCAGCAAACGCGCAACGAGUUACGUUACCCGAGUUACAACCGCUUCUACUAUUUGUUUUUAGUUCACUUUAUGUUUAGUAGGUAAAUUUUCUGUGUGCUCGCAACCAACCCAUUUUCAAUUUUACAAAACCAA